AUGGUCGUACGCCUUGUUGAGAUGAAGAUGCACAAAGACGGUGAAGCCGAGCAGAAUGGCCUCCAGCACGAUGCAGCCCCAGGUCUUGGACACGGCAAACAUACCGAGCAGAGCGAUCUCGCCGAGAUAAAUGCCCACCAUGGUCUGGAAAAGGGCCCGCGGAUAGUAUCUGCCCAGGCCGUCGGCGCUCUUUCCAAAGACGUAGGUUGCGUUGUGCAGAAACGCAAUGUAGAGCAGCAGAAAGCCGACAAAGGUGAAGAGCAUGAUGAUCGGGGCGAUGAUGCUGUACGACAGGAAGAUCACGGCCAGGUUGGUGUAGAUCGGAAACGUUGUGCCCCACGCAAAGCCGCCGAUGUCGUUGAACCUGGUCCAGAGCUUUCGGGCGGUGUUGUCGAACAUGGCACUGUAGAGAUAGAACAGGACCAGACUCACCACCUGGAACAGCGCACCGCCGGCGAUGGAAAAGCCCUGCAGCACCAUGUAGGAGACGUAGAAGUUGGACGACUUUGGCAGGUUGGCCGAGAGCAGCUCCAUCGCCUCGGUGGGUUUAUCUGCGAUCUGGGUCACAGUCGACGCAAAGGAGGACGAGAUGGUGGUGACCAGGAACACCUGGAUGACCUGGAACGCAAAGUAGGACUGCUGGGUGAAGUACUCUAUGCUCUGGGCCGUGAGACAGCCGGACACCUGGCCCAUCUUCCUGAUGAAGAUCGGCAGCAGCAGCAUCAGCACCGCCAGCAUGACCGUUGGCAGCAGCGACGUGAUCAGGCCCAGCAGCACGUCCGGCAGCCUGUAGAUGAACUUGAGCCAGUGCAUUUUGUUGGUCAGGUACGUGAGGUUGGACACAAGACCGACAAACGAGACCGGGAUCGCCCAGAGCACGACCAGGGCCACGAUCGCGGCCACCGCGCCAUGGAACCUCAUGAGCCGUUCCCACCAGAAGAUCCGCAUGUUGGGCCAGUAGAUGUCCUCUGGGCUGACGUUGGUGUGUUUUGGAGAGAAGAAGUACGGCAGGUCGUGGAUCGUGGUCUGGAACGCGAGCUGCGCGUAGUACUGGUUUUCGAACUCGACCGCGAUCGAGUUCAUGGGCCGUGUGCCGGCGAGCGUGGACUGGUACUCCUCGAUCUGCUCGUUGAGACGGGGCAGCUGCUCUUUGCAGUACUCGAUGGUGUCGACCUUCUUGCCGAAGAUGGGCACGCCGACGCGCAUCUUGGGCCGUUUUUUGUACGGCACGUACGACGAGAGGUCGUCCGGGUUCUCGACGACGCGGCCCUUUUUGUCGGCCUUGAGUUUCGCCUUGACGGCGCGCUUGAGCAGCUUUGUCAGGGCGGCUUCGAGCGCGUUGGUCAGCCGCUCUCUCUGCUUGAGCGCGCGGGACAGCCGUCUGUUUCUCCUGGCGACCCAGACCCGCUUGACACCCUCGAACAGCUUGAAGAACUCCUCCUCGUCGAGAUACUGGUCGGUUACGGUCUGGAAAAUGACCGUUCUGGAGCUGAGCUUUUUCGCGUACGCCGGCGUCGUGAGCACGAGGUUGCGCAGGCUGGAGUAGAAGUGCAGCUCGCGGUAGAUCACAAACAGCACCACGCAGUAGAAGAUCCACGACAUGAACACGUGGGCGUAGUACCUGCUGGCCGAGUUGACGUUGGAGAUGCCCAGCUGGUCGAGGCCGUCCUCGCCCUUGCCGUUUGUGGCGUUCACAGGCAGCAGAACGGCCCAUGUGGCGAUGCCUCCCAGGGCAAUGGAGGCCACGAUAAACAGGUACCGCAGAAACAGAUACCCGUCGAUUCCGGCCUGCUGGAUGACGAAGGAGGGCGGCUUUCUGAGCAGGACAAAGAUCCAGGUCAGCGGGUCCUGCGGCAGCGGGUCGGGCUUCUCGCUGUCGGGCACAAUGUCGAAGCUGGACUUUGGCUGGUAGAUGCGCUUGAACUUGAGUCUGAGCAGCAGAAACAGCGCCACGAACACGGCGCAGAUCACGCCGUUCGUCACGACCGACGUGAGCACGUCCUGGGUCGACGUGUUUUUCGUGUCCGUCAUGGAGCUAAAGAAAAGAUGUUGUUGUUGUGCCUGAGAUCUGAAACGGCUUGUAAAUUUUCUGUGUCGCGCACGCCCGCCUCGAGGUCAGAGAAAGUAGUCCGCGACGGGCUUCUUGGACGGGAUCUCGGAGCAGUCCUGCAGCAUGCUGUCGAAGACGGUGUAGCUGCGGUUGAGGUUGUCGUCGAGGGUGAGCACGGCGGCGACGUUGCCGCAGCGGUAGCAGUAGUUGGGCGCAGACCACACGGUCACCAGGCCGCCGUCAAAGACCUCCUUGUAGCCCUCCAUGACCAGCUGGUGGGCGCGCGCGAUGAGGCUGAGGUUGUUCUUGAACAUAAACCGCUCGGUCUCGGUGUAGCCGAACAGGUACCCGGCGCCGCGCGGCGACACCGCCCAGGCCGGGAUGUUCUCCUCGGGGUCCGACCACAGCAGGUCGCACAUGAGCCCGUCGUGCGGGACCUCCUGCUUGCGGUCGAUCAGCCGGAUCUCGUCGAUCGUCUCGAUCGCCGGGCUCAGGCCGCCGUGCACGCACAGCACGCCGCCGUCCGCGCUCGCGCCGCUCAGAAUGUACGCUCCGAGCGCGAGGUAGUCAAACACGUCGCAGCAGUAGCGCCACACGUUGGCCGAGCCGUACUUGCGCAUGCACUCGUCGUAGAACCCGUACACGCUGGUGAUCUGACGCGACUCGUGGUUUCCCCGGAUCAGGUAGAUGCGGUCGGGAUAUCGCACUUUGUAGCACAGCAGCAGCAGAAACGUCUCGAGCGAGUAGAACCCGCGGUCCACAAAGUCGCCGAGAAACAGGUACUUGGUGUGCGGCGGCUCUGUCGCGAUCUUGAACAGCCGCAACAGGUCGUGCAGUUGCCCGUGGAUGUCGCCGCACACCGUCACGGGGGGGUCCACGAGCUGGAUGUUGGACUCCUGGAUGAGCAGCUCCUGCGCGAGGAAACACAGCUCCUGGAUGUCGUUUUCGGGCACGAUUUUGCACUUUCGCACGUCGUGUAUUAUUUUGUCUAUAUGGAGCAUGUCGAAAUAAUGUGGCAAGGUGUGAAAUAUUUGAUUAUGUCUUGA